GGUCGUUAAUACGAAGUGACCGCCCAUACGGCAAAAUAAUAACCCCAGUUGAUUAGUUAAUAUCAGGAGUGACCUUUGGUGCGCUCAGAAAGAGAUUUUAACCUCUACUUAUUCAAUAAAGAUAAACAUGAUGUGACAUUUGGUGAUUCUGCGUGCGGUUGAACGCGGUAGUUCUAGUUUUUGGCUCGACUUUUUAACCAAGAUCCACAAUCAUGGAUUUCGAGCCCAUAGCCAACAUAUCAGCGAACGAAACCUUCGAACCGGAUGAGAACUACCGCUAUGAACGCGAGAACAUCCUAGACAUACCAAUCCUACUAGCAGCUACUGCAGGAAUCGUGGCCGACCUCAUCAUCGUCUUCACCAUCCUGAGAAACAAGGAACUACGCACAAGAAGCAACAUCUACAUCGUGAACCUCUGCAUCUGCAACAUCUUUUACCUGUUCUUCACUCCGCUGAUCCUCAACCUAUUUUCUGCUGCAGAAAAACUCCACGCGUCCACCAUCUGCUUUUCGGAUGAACUCUUCUUCCUCUUCAUGCUCGGCAACUACGUUUUCAUCUGUAUUUUGUUAUCGGAUUGGUACAUCGUGACAUAUAAAUCUUUGAAUGCUUCAGCGCGUUGUAGGGCGAGUUACAAACUGGUUAUAAGUACAGUGUGGGCCACUUUAUUCGUGUUGCUGAUCACUAUUUUCUUACAGUGCACCUCAGGUAUUUCUCUCUUUCUUUUCAUUGCACUCCUCGCGAUCAUAUUCUAUUUCUGUUCGUUCAUCUUCGUGGCUGUUAUUUUUGUGAUGAAAGUCAUAAAUGAGAGGACGACUAGCGUUGUAGAGGCGAAGUCAAACACGGAAUUACUUUAUGUUAUGUCCUACUUUUUCUGUUGGUUACCCAACUGGAUGUAUAUUUUCGUGUCUGUGUUCGCCAAGAUCAUAACACGAGCUGCUUUCUUAGGUCUUUGUACUUUCAUGUUAGGUUACCUGCAUUCUAUUAUAUUAUUGUAUCUUAUGUACGGUAGAAACGAAAAAUUCAGGAUUGCUAUGAGAAAAUGGAUGUUCAAUGAGGAAGUGAGGAACGUAGAAGAGGACUCAUACAAAGACGAUGAACAUUUCACUACGUUGCUGUAGUUGGAAUAAUAAUAAUUGUGAAUUGUAUUUAUUUCAUUAAACCCUUGAUGAUGCACAUAUUCUAAGGAAUAUGAAUUGAUUGAAUGACAGAAUAAAAUAUGUACUUAAAUUCAA